UCUGCCAUCCUUUUGGACUUCACGCGCUGCCCAAUGUUGGGCUGGUUACCCCUGGAUAUGUUGCUGGUUUCCAUUUGGAAUUUGACGAAGGGAAGGAGGAGGAUAUAAAACCUGGGGAGCUCGGCAAGGUGUUGUUUAUGGCCACAGGAGGGAGCUCAAAUCCAGACAUGGGAGGAUCGGCUUGAUUUCGGAUCCAGAGCCUCUUAAACUCUGCUUUUCCUCUAAGCUGGUCCCUGUUAUGUCCAGGAUCUGGCACCUGCUUGACAUUUACUUUGAGUUCCAGAGGACCCGAGACCUAGGAUGAGGAGCAUUGGAUCCGCCCUGAACCUGCUUUUGGUAUCUCCACUCUACUUUGUGUGGACCGUGGUCGCUCUGGACCUGGCACAAACUCCCUGCACCACUUUGGUCCAAGGGAAAUUCUUUGGGUAUUUCUCCUCCUUCGCCGUCUUCCCGUUGAACUCCUCCCUGUGCUCUUGGAUUAUCCAGAACCCCGACCCUCGCAGGUACACUUUGUACAUGAAGAUCCUCAAGCCCUCCGGCAUAUGUGACCACCAGCACAUCCGCACCUACCAGUUCGACUCCUUCCUGGAGUCCACCCGCACCUACCUGGGCAUGGAGAGCUUUGAUGAUGUCCUGAAGCUCUGUGAUGGCUCCACCCGCUUUGCCUUCCUCCAGUCCAACAAACAAUUCCUGCAGAUGAAGCAGACGGCCCCGCCAGGCGUGGACACCUGGCCCAUGAGGUGGAAGCCCACCAAGGCUCAGGAGAGGGACUUCUCCGUGGAGUAUCUGGUGGUGGGCAACAGGAACCCCAGCAAAGCCGCCUGCCAGAUGCUCUGCAAGUGGCUGGACACCUGCCUGGCCAUCAGCAGCAGCUCCCACCCGUGCGGCAUCAUGCAGACCCCGUGCUCCUGCUCGGGAGGGGAGGUCCUGGAUCAGGCCAGCGAGAUCCUGGGCUUCACCAGGAAGAAGGAGGAUUGCUACAAGGAUGGGAUUUACCUGGAGAACUGCGUGGGCAGCCCCAAGGACACCAACGGAGCGGAGUUCCUGGGUGGUUGGAACUCCUGGUCGGCUUGGGGCGACUGCACCAAGGACUGCGGGGGCGGCCUGCAGACCCGCAUGCGCUCCUGCAAGCCCCUUCCCAACGAGGGCCUGGCCUGCGAGGGAGUGCUGGAGGAAGGACGGCUGUGCAAUAGGAAGGCUUGCAAUACCAAUGGACGCUAUAAUUCCAGAAGCCAAUCGCUGAGGUCCACAGAUAACAGAAAGCGAGAGGACCCUGACGAACUGCAGCACUACGGGUACCCUGCACCUCAAAUAGGUGACCCUGCAGCAGAGGAGUGGUCCCCGUGGAGCGUGUGCUCGACCACCUGCGGGGAGGGCUGGCAGACCAGGACCAGGUUCUGCGUUUCGUCUUCCUACAGCACCCAGUGCAGCGGCCCUCUCCGGGAGCAGAGACAGUGCAACAACUCUGCCGUGUGCCCAGUGCAUGGCACCUGGGACGAGUGGUCUCCGUGGAGCCUGUGCUCUUCCACUUGUGGGAGAGGCUACAGGGAUCGGACCCGCACCUGCAAACCCCCCCAGUUCGGUGGGAACCCCUGUGAGGGCCCGGAGAAGCAAACCAAGUUCUGCAACAUCGCUCUCUGCCCAGGUAGGAACAUGGACGGCAACUGGAACGAAUGGUCGAGCUGGAGCUCGUGCUCCGCUUCCUGCUCCAACGGGACCCAGCAGCGGACGCGGGAGUGCAACGGGCCCUCCUACGGCGGAGCCGAGUGCCAGGGACACUGGGUGGAGACCCGCGACUGCUUCCUGCGCCAGUGCCCAGUGGAUGGGAAGUGGCAGGCCUGGGGAGUGUGGGGCAGCUGCACUGCCACGUGUGGAGGUGGCACUCAGAGACGUGACCGGGUGUGCUACGGCCCCUUCUUUGGUGGAGAGACUUGCCAGGGUCCCAAGGAGGAGUACAAGCAGUGUAAUGACAGAAAAUGUCCUGAGCCCCAUGAAAUCUGUGACGAGGAGAGUCUUGGCCCCGUGGUUUGGAAGGAGACGCCAGCCGGGGAUGCUGCCGCCGUCCGGUGUCCCCGCAAUGCCACUGGGCUGAUCCUUCGAAGAUGCAUCUUAGAUGAAGAAGGCAUCGCUUACUGGGAGCCACCAACAUACAUCAAGUGUGUUUCUAUUGAUUACAGGAACAUACAGAUGAUGACCAGGGAACACCUUGCCAAAGCUCAGCGUGGGUUGAUGGGAGAUGGGCUGUCAGAUGUGCUCCAGAACCUUGUGGAAAUCUCCCAGGAUGGGACCAGCUACAGUGGGGACCUGCUGUCCACCAUGGAUGUACUCAGGAACAUGACAGAGAUCUUCCGUAGGGCUUAUCACAGCCCGACUUCUGGGGAUGUGCAGAACUUCGUCCAGAUCAUCAGCAACAUUUUGUCAGAGGAAAACCGGGAAAAAUGGGAGGAAGCUCAGCUGAUAGGGCCAAAUGCCAAGGAGCUGUUCAGGCUUGUGGAGGAUUUCAUUGAUGUCAUCGGCUUCCGCAUGAAAGAUUUCCGGGAUUCCUACCAAGUCACGGACAAUCUGGUCCUUGGUAUUCACAAACUGCCUGCAAAUGCAGCAACUGACAUCACCUUCCCCAUGAAAGGCUGGAGGGGAAUGGUGGACUGGGCCAAGAACUCGGAGGACAAGGUCACUGUCUCCAAGAGCAUCCUGUCUUCAGGGCUCUCAGUGUCGGACGACUCCUCUGUCUUCGUGGUUGGGACCGUGCUCUACCGGAACGUGGGCAACAUCCUCUCCCUGCAGAGGAACAGCACCGUUCUGAACUCCAAAGUCAUCUCUGUGACUGUGAAGCCAUUCCCUCGGUCUCUCCUCACCCCUCUGGAAAUCGAAUUCUCCCACCUGUACAACGGAACCACCAACCAGACCUGCAUCCUGUGGGAUGAAAAUGAUGGAGCCUCCGCCUCCGCCUCUCCGCCCGGCGCCUGGUCCUGGCGCGGCUGCCGAACGGUCCCGCUCGACGCCUCCCGGACCAAGUGCCUGUGUGACCGGCUCUCCGCCUUCGCCAUCUUAGCCCAGCUCAGCCCCGACAUGAACAUGGAAAAGGUGCUGGUCCCUUCUGUCACGUUAAUUGUAGGCUGUGGAGUAUCCUCGCUGACACUUUUGCUGUUGAUUAUCAUUUAUGUCUCUGUUUGGAGGUACAUCCGCUCGGAGCGCUCUGUCAUCCUCAUCAACUUCUGCCUCUCCAUCAUCUCCUCCAAUGCCCUCAUCCUCAUCGGACAGACCCAGACCCGGAAUAAGGUGAUCUGCACGCUGGUGGCGGCUUUCUUGCACUUCUUCUUCCUCUCCUCUUUCUGCUGGGUGUUGACCGAGGCCUGGCAGUCCUACAUGGCCGUGACGGGCCGGUUACGGAACCGCAUCAUCCGCAAGCGCUUCUUGUGUCUCGGAUGGGGGCUCCCUGCCUUGGUGGUUGCCAUUUCUGUGGGAUUUACUAAAGCCAAGGGAUACGGCACCGUGAACUACUGCUGGCUGUCAUUAGAGGGAGGACUCCUCUAUGCCUUCGUGGGACCGGCGGCUGCUGUCGUUUUGGUGAACAUGGUUAUUGGCAUUCUGGUUUUUAACAAACUUGUAUCCAAAGAUGGAAUAACAGAUAAGAAACUGAAGGAACGGGCAGGGGCAUCCCUCUGGAGCUCCUGCGUGGUGCUGCCCCUGCUGGCUCUCACCUGGAUGUCUGCAGUCCUGGCCAUCACCGACCGGCGCUCGGCGCUUUUCCAGAUCCUUUUCGCCGUCUUCGACUCCUUGGAGGGAUUUGUCAUCGUCAUGGUCCACUGCAUCCUCAGGCGGGAGGUCCAGGAUGCUGUGAAGUGCCGGGUUGUGGAUCGUCAGGAGGAAGGCAAUGGAGACUCAGGGGGGUCAUUCCAGAACGGACACGCUCAGCUCAUGACCGAUUUCGAGAAGGACGUGGACAUGGCUUGUAGAUCAGUGCUGAACAAAGACAUCACCACGUGCAGAACCUCGACCAUCACGGGGACCCUGAAGCGCCCGUCGCUGCCUGACGAGGAGAAACUGAAACUCAACCACCAGAAAGGCUCAUCCAACUUCAACAGUCUUCCAGCCAACGUCUCCAAGAUGCACCUUCAGGGCUCCCCACACUACCUGGGGGCCAUCAACCUGAACGAGUUCAGCAACCACUCCCUCACCCUGAAGAAGGACAAGAACCAGCCGCCGAAAUCCAUCUACAUCUGCGACGGGGACAUCUUCAAGAAGUUGGACUCGGAGCUCUCGCGGGCACAAGAGCAGACCAUGGACACCAGCUACGUGAUCCUGCCCACCAACACGUCCACCUUGAGGGCCAAACCCAAAGAUGAGAGCAAAUACAGCAUCAACAUCGACCAGAUGCCUCAGACACGGCUCAUCCACCUCAGCAUGGCCACCGACCCCGGCUUCGUGGUCAAGAGUCCCCCGCGGGAGCCGGUGACCAUGGCGUGCAGUGAGGUGCAGGGUUCCUCCAUGAUCCAGCAGCAGCAGCAGCUGGCUCCACAGAACAUCUCCAACGAGUCACAGAUUCCCAACAGCCUGUGUGACACGGGUGACUCAGGGAACUCGGGUGUGGUGUCCAAGAGCGAGACCGUCUCCACCCUCUCCAUGAGCUCCUUGGAGAGGCGGAAAUCCCGGUAUGCAGAGUUAGAUUUUGAGAAAAUCAUGCACACAAGGAAACGUCACCAAGACAUGUUCCAGGACCUGAACAGAAAACUCCAGCACGCAGAGAAGGAGAAGGAGUCUCCAACAACGGACAGCAAGCAAGAAAAACAGCAGACACCAAACAAGAGACCCUGGGAAGGCAUCAGGAAAGUCCAGUCCCCGCCAUCAUGGGUUAAAAAGGACAUCGAACCUGUGGCACAGUCUCCCCUAGAACUAAAAACUGUAGAGUGGGAGAAAACAGGGGCCACCAUCCCCUUGGUGGGACAAGACAUUAUUGACCUUCAGACAGAGGUCUGAGCAGCAAGGGAAGAAAAAAAGACUUUUUUUUUUCCAGAAAACAAACGAAACAAACAAAACAAAACCACGUUUUAAAGAAAUGAUUAAAUUAAAUCGGAACCGAGCGAGAGAAGUGUUUGGUUUCUUUUGAAACCUUUGGUAAGAUGGAAUAACUUUUGUAUUGUUCUCAGCAGAGAGGGGGAAUAUUACUUUAUAGAGUAUAGUAGCUGUAGGUUCAGGACAACACGAGCUUUCCCAGGCAGGACUGGAGGAGUGAGCCUGGAAGAGAGCGAGGAGGAAGAGGAGGAGGAGGGUGGGGAGGGGCUGCAGGGGACAAGCCCUGCCAAGAUGCUCUCGGGUUGCUGCAGCACACCAGGAGCCCUCCUGCUCUGCCACAGGGAGGUGUGGAAGGAUGCCCAGCAGCCACCACAGAGGGCCCAGAAGAUCAGGAGACAUCAAGAGGGGACACCUGCAGGAGCCACGCUGGGAUGUGGCCUGGCUGGGGCAGGCCCAGCCUGGAGGGACAUUCCUGGCUCUCCCUCCUCUCCCUCACCAGCUUAUCCAAGAAGGAAGGAGAUGGGACAGGCCAAGAAGUGGCCACAAGGACAUUGCCACUGCUGGGUGCCACGCCACGGCCUGGCAUUGGCGCACGGUCACAGCGGGUCCCCGCGGAGGGGGACGUGGUGGCGUCACCCACGGCUGGAAAGCUGGAAAAAGGGAGAGGUGGGGUUUCCUCCUCUCAUCCCUCCCCGGUGGAGGAAAGGACCAGCUCCAAAUCUCCAAAUCCUGCUCGCCCCCAUCUCCAGGGAGAGGGUGGAAGGUGGUAGACAACAAGACCAACAAGAAGAAUGUAGGUCAUGUCAUUGACUGUUAAAUAGAUAAACUCAGCACGGGCCUUGCAAAGGUCCUCUUGGCCUCAUCCUUUUUUUUUUUUCUUUCUUUUUUUUUUUCUUUUUUUUUUGGUUCUGUUAUUUGUCCUUGCUUUCGGACUCAAAUUUAUUCCAAGCUGCCCCUCCCUGGAAGGCAGAGAGAGAAAAAGGGAAAGACAGAUCUGCCGCUGUACCUGGAGAUAUUGGUAAACAGAGACGUUGCCUUAGGACAUUGAGACAAACUGACAACAUGAAUAACGUCCACUUGGAAACAAACAGACAAAAAAAAAACAAACAAAAUAAUCUAUUUUUUUCCUUCUUCUUUUCUUUUCUUCAAUAAAAAGAGAACUUGAAACCCGA